UGGGAUCGAAUAUAUUUCGAAGUUCCACGUAUUUUUUAAAAAUACUCGAAGCCAUUAUAAUAUAUAGACUUUUAUCCUACCAGUUUAAACUUAUUUCUAUAUAAUAUUAGUGUGUAGUAAAAUAGUGAUAGUAAAUAUAAUUAUGGCCUCGCCUAGGACACGCCGCAAAUUAAAUUCAAUUCGCAACUUACACGAGAACGAAAAAUGCUUUGAAUGUGGUACAUUAAAUCCACAAUGGGUUUCGGUUACUUAUGGUAUAUGGAUCUGUUUGGAGUGCUCUGGCGUUCAUCGUAGUCUUGGGGUACAUCUUUCUUUUGUACGUUCUGUAACGAUGGAUAAAUGGAAAGAUAUAGAAUUGGACAAAAUGAUUGUUGGUGGAAAUUCUAGAGCUAAACAGUUCUUUGAAGAACAGGCUGAUUAUUCCCCUGAUAUGAAGAUAACUCAGAAAUAUAACACCAAAGCAGCUGCUAUGUACAGGCAGAAGAUAGCAGCUCUGGCUGUUGGCUCUGAUUGGAGUCCUUCUGAUUUUAAACCUGAAGUAGUUGAGCGCCCUACUCAAUGGAAUCAAUCACAGAAUUCUUAUUCAUCUGAUGAAACUUCUUUUCAUGGCAGUGGCUCUGACAAUAAUAUCAGUUAUCACAGUGAGUAUGGUAGUAACCGUUACACUGGCUUUGGAAAUACUCAUCAGUCUCAAUCUAGACCAACCUCACCUGAUAAUCAUAACCAAAUCAUGGACAAUGCCCUGUCUUCAUUGGCAUCUGGCUGGUCUUUAUUUGCUACUUCCAUGACUAAAGCAGCACGAUCAACUACUGAGAAAGUCUCGGAAAUGACAAGUGUAGUUGCAGAAAGGGUGAUCCGUGGCGGUCGUUGGAGUUCGCUACGUGGCACGUCUGAACCUCGUCGAGGAAGCAAUACUAGUAUUGAUAACCAACCUCAAAGUUACGGCGCUAUGAAGUUUUCUAAUUCGGAACCAUUCCCUAAAUGGGAUGAGCAAUCACAGCCACCAUGGAAAUCUGUGACUACACAAAACAACAUUGAUACGCGUGAUUUGUCUCAAGUUGGUAUAACCAAUCCACCUCUGGAUUUGAAGAACAUUACCAUUAAGAAAAAACCCAAAGCAGACGAUGAUUCCUGGGACUGGCUCAAUAAUUAGGUCUACUUGGAACUACAGGAACUUAAUUGGCUUUGCUGUUAUUCUUCAAAGUAGGCAACUCGAUUAAUAGAUGUAAUGAUUAAAUCAAUUAGAAAUAUUAUAUAGAACAAGCAUUUUAUGUAUUAAAUUUUUCUUAAGAUUUAUAUUAUUAGUGUCUAAUGACACAUGAUGAUGGAUGUAUGUUAAA